AUGCUAAAAUUCCUCGGAAGAACUCAUGCGAUCUUCUGAUUUUUUCGCCAUGAUGAAUCGGUAGGCAGUAGUUUUCGCAUUUAAUAGAGCGCGGCUCUGGUCGGUACAGUGUUGUCGCGAUUUGUCGGCUCCUUUAUCUGUAAAUGAUCUUCUAAAGCUCUUCUUGCAAUGGCAUUGGCAUGUUGAAAAUUGCUGGAUUUUUUUGCUUGUCACGCCGGGAGAAAGUACAGCAUCUAGUAACACUCAAUCUUACGACAGCUUUAGCCGGUGCAAAAACAAAUAGAAUUGGCGGCAUCUUUCAAUAAAGCGCGUUUGAAUUGUGCCCUCUACCUCUUCAAAAAUACGCAUAAAAAAUAGUAGUACAACCUUUGUCGGCUCUAUUUGUUUACCGCUUCGUCGAGUUUAUCAAUUACUCCGGCAACAAAGUUAACUUUUACUCCGCUGUUCACAGCCAUCUUCAAACUUGCCCUGAUUUCAUUCAAAUUUGCGCUUUGCGUAUACAACAAGUCAUUCAAAAAAAAAAUUGAAAAAUACCUAUCCCGUUAACCGGACGUGACACUUUUCGGACUUUCAACUCUCAUACCUAAAAAUCGGGCACCAGCCACUCCACCUCACACCAACUCUCACUCUGCAUCGCGGCGCGCCCUUGUGGCGCAACUGACAGGGUGGGAAAGGUGAUCUUCGCGUCCCCCGUACACUUCUAAUCAGGCUGCCCAUCAUGCCGGGAAAAAUUUCGGUAAAGCAGGCGGUGUCGUCCGUCAUCGCGAGUAUGAUUGGUGCGGGUAUUUUUGCGCUGCCGCAGGGAUUUGCAAAGUCCGGCCUGCUGGACGGGAUAUUGAUCUCCAUGGGGAUGGGUUGGUUGCUUUUCACCCUUUCUGCCGUGGCCCUUGCCAUGUGUUGCGAUCUCUGCGAGGAUAUCGACGCCCUCCGCGCAGCGGGUUCGGCCCCAUCAUCCGCAGGAGACGGGGCAAUUCCCUCCCUAAAUUCUCGCGGCAGCGACUACAGCUCCCUGCGCAGCGGAGCUGCUACGCCCAAGCUCGGGGGGUCCCGGACAAGUCAGACGGGCGAUCAAGAGCCAGAGGUGGAAGUUACUGAAGAUGGCCGAACCUACCUCGCGUCCAAACCGAUCGUGGAUGCUCUUGUCAUGCAGGGAACGGUUGUGGAGCAGCGCAUUCACUUGCAGCGGGACGCAGAGACGGGAAGGCCUUCCAUGGUCGUCGUGGAAGAGGGAAAGAAGUAUAGCAAUUUCUAUUGAUCGAGAUCCGUGCAAUGAAUUAAUUUCAUGCAUGGCCAUUGAUUCAGUUUUCGGCCUUUUGCUGUAUUUAGAAGCUGUGCCGCGUUUCGAAAAUAUACUGGUGCAAUAACGUUGUAUGGUAUCAAAUCAAGUUCCACACUUCAAAAGAGUGUAAUUUCCAUUGAGCAGAAGCAGGGCAACAUUCGUACCAGCAAACAAGAGUGCACCACUCAGCACCAGCGCCAGAAGUUUUUUCCGGAAAAUGAAAAACAACAGGAUCUACCUGCUUGGAGAUAUCGGCGAGAAGGUGUUCGGAGAGGGAACAACGUGCGGGCGGUGCGCACGUAAUACUUUGAACAUUUUGGCGAGUCUGUACCUUCUGUUCGCAUGCUCAAUUUUCCUGCUGCUGAUGGGUAAUGCGGUGCAGGAAGUGUACAUGUCUGGGCGGACGCUCGCGGGAGAUACCGAGGCCUAUUCCGAGCGCGUGAACAAGGCGGUCUGGGCCGAAGCGAUUGUGUUCAUGUGUUUCAUGAUGCUCCUCGUGCAGAUCCCGGACGUCUCCGUCAUCGCGCGCGUUAGUUUCAUCGGCACCACUGCGGCGCUCCUGAUCGCGUUGCUGUUCAUCGUGUCGCCGAUCCUACUGCACGUGGGCUCCGGCGACCACUCCUUACCAAAGCCCGUCGUAGCCUCGGUCUGGCCCCAGCAGGUGAACCCGGUAGAAUUGGUAACCGCGGACGGUCUGGACGCCGACCAGGAAGGGACACACUUCCAGCUCUUCUACAUGUGGGACGGAACCACGGGGCCCAGCGUCUACCAGCUGUCAGGGUACCAGUCCGCGCUCGAAAAUUUCUCGCGCGUGCUGGAAUCGCUCGGGAGCGCCUCUUUCGGGUUUGCUUUCGCACUGCUCGUGCCGUAUCUUCGGGUAAGAAUUUCGGCAAUCGUGUAUUAGUUCUAUGAUCAUGACGUCUUAUUUAUUACGCAUGCUUUUUUGCUGUAGUACACACUGCUUCUAUCUAGUAGUUCUAAUCUGCGACGAGACAAAAAACCCUAAGCCAUCAAGGGUUGGUGGUUUUUCGAGAGAAAAUACAGGUCGUGUCUUGAUGCGACAAUUGGAAGUAGAAAAAAAUUGUAAAGUGCAGUAAGGAGGAAAAAUCAACGAAACAGGCGGACAUGGAGGAGCCACGGAAGAUGGUACGUGUGGUGUGGAUCAGCACGACGGUGUAUCACAUUGAAAACAGUCCCCGCAAGGAGCGCAACAGGAAAAAUCAAUGCAUUUGUUUAUUGAGUUUGGAACUCUCCUGUUCCUGUUGUAGUUGUAGCACCUUCAAAGAACAAAGAAAAGUGUAAACAGUAAGUGUAAGUUGGUGCUUCUGGGAAGACCGAGGGGGGGUGUUUCAAGAUGAUACCGUCGUGGUGACAGUGUAUGUCCUGGUGGUGAUCUCGGGCCUCUUGGGUAUUGGGCAGAAGUACCUCUUAGCGGGCGACAGCGUCAUGGAGUCACUGCGAAUGUGGGAGACGCGGGUGGAGUGGGUGAACGGCGUGACCCUCGGGCAUGAGGUGUGGCCCCCGGUGGCUGACCCGGGUCUGCAGGACUUUGUGCUCGCGAAGAAGACGGUGACGGUGAACAACGAACCGGUGGACUUCUAUUUGGUACGAAACCAGCCCUACUUCUUCGGCGGUGGGAGCGUCGGCAAGGCGUCGCUCUUGGCCUUUUUUAUGUCGAUCCUGCUCGGGAUCAAGUUGAUCAUUUCGUACCCGCUCACUGUGUGGCCGGUGCUGCAGGACACGGAGAAGAUGCUGCAGUCCUGUGCGUGCUGUCGGCGUCGUCGGAAAUUCCAGGAGGACGAAGUGCAGCCGCUUCUUGUCGGAAGUGCCGUGACUGCUGCUUCCGUGCCGUCGUCCUCGACCGUUCGCCAGCGCGGUAGUGCGGCGAUGCGGGGAGGUGGCUCCGGAACUGUGCCCAUGUCGGGUCAGUCCGUUCUUGUGCCGAGUGAGCGUAUCUCCGUGCGGCGACUGGAACUGGACGCGGACAACGUCAACGACCACACCUACGAGCCGCUCAACUGCGUACAGCGGUGUUUUGCGCGCAUCGCCGUUGUCACUCUCACGUUCCUCCUCGCCGCCGUCUUUGGGGCGCAGCCGGGAAAGCUCGGCGCGGUGAUGGGGCUCACGGCUAACGUGCCCGGGAUGCUGGCGAUGGUGAUGUUCCCGUUCUUGGGGGUGGCUAUGCUGCAGGGGCAAAUGCGCCGCCUCACCGGCGCAAAAGUUGCAUGCCGCGACAUCGCCCUCUAUGUCCUCUAUGCGGUGUUGAGCGGAGUUGCUCUCAUCCUGCUGGUAUACCAGGUCGUCGUCACUCCGGGACAAAUCGCAGACGCCUACAAGGACUGACGAAUGAGCGGAAUUCUUCGCGGAACCUACUCGAGAACACAUAUGAAACACUGCACUUAGAAGUAGUCCAGAACACAUACUGAGUUUUACUCACACGAGGUGCUUCUACCGCUGUAUGUUUUACUGCAAUCUGCUUUGAUGAUCUUCAGGAUUGAACUUGAAGUCGAUGCGGUUUGUCCUGCAGUCUUAGAGACUCCUAGACAAUCCCUCUGCCGUCUCUUAUCUGGAGGAUUCUCUUGCGCUCCUGCAAUUUCUAAGAUGUGCGUAGAAAUUCUUUUUUCAUCUCCCGCGACCUUCAAACUUCAUUCCCUUUUUGAAGCGCAAAAGCAGCUUCUGCGAGAAGUAUGACGCGGUCAGGCUGCAGGGCCUGACAGGACCCGUCGGGACCAUGAAAGUAGGAACAGCACAUACGAAAUUUUGACCAGACGAGCAACAGAAGACAGAUGGA